GACUGAUGCGCUAUAUCCCACUCAGGACACACCCUGCCUGCGAUGUGGUGUAGUGCAGCGCGCUGGGAGAGGUGAUUGAGAGAUGGUCAGAGUGCAUAACAGGCAGCUAGAGCCUGCACAUAGGGAUGCAUGGGAAUGCUGAAUCAGGGAAACUGCAUGAAAGCCUGGGAGAGAGUGGAAGAGGGUAAACGGCAGGGAGAGAGGGGACAGAAAGGAACUGCCACUUUACCCUUCCCCUCGAGCCAGAGAAGCGAGAUGGAGGUAAAUGAACCACUGCAUUUGCCGAGGUUGUCCCGGGUCGCUGUGUGUGGUGGUACCCAUGGCAACGAGCUGUCUGGUGUGUACUUGGUAAGAGAGCUGCUGAAGGUGGAGAAGAGGGAGAACGAGAGAGAUGAGGAGCGUGGAGAGCCCGCCUCGGUGAUGAUGGUGCUGUCCAACCCCAGGGCCGUACAGCAGUGCCGCAGAUACAUAGACACCGACCUGAACCGCUGCUUCACCCAUUCCACCCUUAACGGUCCCAUGUCGGACACGGCCCCCUACGAGAUUAUCCGAUCCAAAGAACUGAAUGUCAUGCUGGGUCCCAAAGGCAGUCGGGAGGCAGUGGACCUCGUUUGUGACCUCCAUAACACGACUGCCAACAUGGGCCUGUGCUUCAUCGCAUACUCUGACUGUGACUGGAUCAGUCUUCACAUAUUUAAAUACCUGCAGAGGCAGAUGCCUGAUGCGCCGCUGAGAUUCAUCCAUUUUGAUGUCUCGUGUAAAGAAUCGUAUUCCCUUGACUCGGUAGGAAAACAUGGUUUUGCCAUUGAGAUCGGCCCCCAGCCCCACGGCGUGGUGAGGUCAAACAUCUUCACGGCAGUGAAAUCCAGCGUGCAGCACAUGCUGGAUUGGGUCCGCUUCUUUAACUCAGGUGCUGUAUUUGAAGGAGGAUCUGUGGACGUGUUCACCAUGGUUAAGAACAUCGACUAUCCGCGAGACAGCGAGACUCAUAACAUCACGGCAGCCAUUCAUUCUCAUCUCCAGGACCGAGACUUCUGCCUGCUCCAUCCUCAAGACCCCCUGUUCCAGACGUUCGCAGGCGAAACGCUGAGGUAUAAAGGCAGCGAGCCCCUUUAUCCUUUCUUCAUCAACGAGUGUGCCUACUAUGAGAAAGGCAUCGCGCUCUCGCUGGCCAGAAAGAGGCGUGUGGUGAUCCCUGCUAUCCGGGUGCAGACGGACGAGGAGAGACAAGAGAGCGAGAAGGGCUUUGCAUCCGAGGAAGAGGAAUGAAGACGUCCCCAACAUGAGACUGAUGUGAAAUAAAUUUUUAAGAAAGCUUUUAUUGUAGUGACAGCAUGUAUACGGUGAUGCACACACUCACGUGCAAUAUUUGUGCACAAAAGUAAACCAUUUCAGCUCACAGCCACUUUUACUGCAGAU